AAACUAACUGAGUGGCGUACAGGCACUCAAGAGUAUCCUGUUAAACCGGAAGUUGCCCUUCUGACAACUGUACCAAGAAGAACGAAACUCGCCUGGCAAGUUUCCACCGAGCAUCAUAGCGCUCAUGUCAAACAAUUACAGGAUCAAGAAAUGUACAAUUUCCUCGGUGAAGCUAAACGAUGGAUGAGCUUUCCGGAAGAUCGAUCAAUUUCGUUUCCAGCGGCGACAUUUGUUCCAAAAGUGCAAAUGCAACUAAACGUAGAGCCCAAAAAAAUUCCACGGAACGUCGAAAUGGAGAGGCGACGCAGAUUGUACAGAAAUUUGAAAAUCGAAAAUGCUUUGGAAGAAAUAGGUAUUUCACCAAAAGAAAUGUUACCUCCGUCUGCCGUGUUGCCAUUGUUAACGUUCGGAGAGAUAUAUGAUUUAUUCAGCACGGUACACUUUCUUCCUCUGGAAAUUUUUGACGACGAGGAAUACGAUUGCAGGACGGCAGAAGAUUGGAUAAAUCUCGGUGUUAUCGAUGGAAAGCAUUAUCCACUACCAGCCACCGUUUUCGUUCCAAGAUUCCGAUCCGAGGAUGAGAUGUUUUCUCUCGAGGAUAAUCAGUUGAACAACUUGUUCACUUGGACUAACGCUGCCAUUACUCACUACAACCACGAGAAGAAAUUGUGGAGCGUGCUCACGCUUGAUGGUAGAAAGCGGAAAUUUAAGAUACCGAGGAUCUAUAUUCGAUUCUUCGCGGAAGAUCCUCGAAAUUACGUAAAGAGAUUGAAGGUGGCCAUUGAACAUAGACGGACUGCUGAAGCUUCUAUAAAGUACAAUUUUUAUUUGGACUGUAUGCGAAUGGAAGGCAUGCAAACGUUGAAUGAAAAAGAAAAAGAAACUAUUAUCCGUUUAGCUGGGAAUACUUUCAGUUUAAAACAUAGGCAUGUAAUACUGCUGAUGGAAGAAAUCUGCCUGGAUUAUCAACGCACGAUGUGCGACCUCAUGUGGAGGCAGAUGAUACAACGAAAUCCAGAAAUGUUUAAAUUCAUCAUGUGGGUGCCUGAUUUCGUUGAGCCCACGAAAGUGCCAGAAAAAAGCAAGAUCGAUACAGGCAUGAAAAACUUUCUGAAAAUAAGGGAAUCCACUCAUUGGACAACACUGUACGUUCACGAAGAAGUGUACGAAGCUAUGACGUGUAUCAUGGCUGAAUGUAUGCUUGUAUCCUCGAUGAAUUUAUUCGCUACUUCCUAUGGGAAACAAAUAAAAUUGUCAGAGUUCGAAGAUUUACAAAACCAAGCAACCACUACGCUUAUUAAAUAUUUGAAAGAACCAUGGUUGGAGAAAAUUACACAAUCAGUCAGAAUGUGCUUGAGGGAUCUUGGAAAAGUAUGCAUUAAGGAUUCUGGUGAAAAAUUCGAUCAAGUUGUUCGGAGACAUUCUGGAGGGUCCAGCGUUGUGUCUCUUGGAUGUCGAAGAGUCGUUUUCCUGGGGAAAUAUCUCACUGACAGCCAAUUUAAACCCGCUGCCAAUCCCAUCUUCCUUAUUGACCUUCAAAUGGAUGAACAGAAACCAUAUUACACAACAAAUCCAGACAAAUUUGUAGAGAGCAUCAUUACUUUAUAUGAUAAUGCGCUGAUCGCCUGUCACCAAAUCAGACAGGUACAUCCUUUUCUACUUCCGAAGUUGAAGUUCCCGGCAGACGUUUUUCUAAGUUCCGUCGGAUUACUUGAAGAUAAUGUGUGCAAGGUUCGUGAUCGAUUGACAAUAGCUUAUCGAAAGUCGACGAUACCGUUGAAAGCGUAUGCGAAGGAGUACAGUCGAUACCAGUCGUUCUUCAAUCUCGACAUCCUGAAAUACAUCGAGAAGUUCAAGCAGGAAGAGCUUAGCACCCUGGAGAUAAAAGAGGAAAUUACAUUUCAUAUCACAAUGAAACAAAAUUUUGAAGUGACUUUGCCCAAUACGAUUCCUAUCGGACCAUUCAUAGUGAAUGUCCGUCCUUUGAAGGACUUUUUGAUGCAGAAACGGCGCGAAUGCGCCACAGGAUUGCUAGUUAUGUUCACGGAAAAGUUACGAACGGAAGUGGAUAAUAUAUUAGAAGAAUAUAGGCAAAUGCAGUACAGAUUGAAAGAAGUGCCGCAGAGUAUCGAGCACAUAUUCGAGAUACGCGACUGGAUGGAAACGAUACCACUCCGAGUUCAGAACCUCGAAGAGAAAAUGGACAAAUUGAAAUUAGAUUUCGACGUUCUUGACAGUUUCCUUUGGAACAUAUCCGACGACGAUUUCCAGGCGAAAUGGGAAGUGAUCGGUUCCCCUCUUCAAAUUGAUAACCAGGUCAAAGAAACGAACGAACGAUUGGUGGAAGAGCAGGAGAAGUUCUAUAAAAUCCAGCUGCAGGACGAAGUUUUGCUGCAAGAGAAAAUAGAUACUCUAGUGAGCAAUGUGGCAAAUAUUGCUCUUCAAACGGAUAUCCUUCGCAUACACGAGACUGCACUCGAUGUGAAGAGAAUUUGGAAAGCCAUGGUCGACUGUCGAGAAAUGGGUCUGUUGCUUAACGAACGGCAAAAGCUAUUCGGCAUGAAAGUGGUGCCUUUCGAACAUUUACACAAACUAAUGAGAGACUUUGAACCAUACAGAAAUUUGUGGCUCACUGCAUCAGACUGGCUUAAAUGGUACGAUAUAUGGAUGGACAAUCCGUUAAUGAAUGUUGAUGGCAGUCAAAUCGAUAUCCUGGUUGCUGAUAUGUAUCGAGUAAUGACCCGAGCGAUCAGAACGUUCCAAGAAUUUCCGAAGGUACAGGCAAUAGCAAUUGCAAUAAAGGAGCAAAUAGACGAAUUCAAGCCUUAUAUUAGUCUCAUACAAGCUCUUCGAGAACCGGGAAUGAAAGACCGUCAUUUCGAGCAACUGAGCGCGCAAACUGGAAUACAAAUGGCUCUUAAACCAGCCAUAACGUUUAAAUCCUUGUUGAUACUUGGUAUCCAGGAAUUUGAGGAAUUAGUGAAAAUUGUCGCUGACAUUGCAGCCAAAGAAUACGCCACUGAACGGACAUUGAAUAAAAUGAUUGAAGAGUGGGAAAUGAUUGUUCUGGAGCUACUGCCAUACAAAACCACUGGAACUUAUAUAAUAAAGGUUACGGAAGAAAUUAUAAUGCUGCUAGAGAAUCAUAUACUCAGCGUACAACAGCUUGCAUUCAGCCCAUUGAAAACCGUUUUCGAAGACGAGAUCAAUGAGUGGGAACGUAAAUUAAAGUUGACGCAAGAGGUAUUGAUCUUAUGGAUGGAAGUGCAAAGAGACUGGAUGUACUUGGAGCCAAUAUUUACUUCAGAGGACAUCAACGUUCAAUUGCCAGUGGAAACUAGGAAGUACAAUGCUAUGGAGCGAAACUGGAGACGGAUUAUGAAGAAUGCUUAUGAGAAUCCCUACAUUAUGAAAAUAUGCCCGGACCAAAGUCUCCUCGAGAGCCUCCAAGAGUGCCAAAGUCUUCUGGAAGUAGUGCAAAAAGGUCUAUCGAAUUACGUGGAAGUGAAACGAAAAAUUUUCCCUCGAUUCUAUUUCCUUAGCGACGACGAACUUCUGGAGAUCCUUGCCCAAGCGAAGAAAGUACAAGCGGUGCAACCGCAUCUGAGAAAGUGUUUCGAGAACAUUCAAGAAGUGAGAUUCGAAGAGGAUCUGCAAAUUACCCGAAUGUACUCUGCCGAGAGAGAAGAAGUGAUGCUUCAUCCGCCGAUGUAUCCAUUGAGAAGCGUCGAAUAUUGGUUGGGUGACCUGGAGACUGUGAUGCGAAAUACUCUUAGGAAAAUGAUCGAAGAUGCUCUAUCGGUUGUCAAAGAGAUUCCAAGAAAAGUAUGGGUAUACAUGUGGCCAGGGCAGGUGGCACUUUGCUGUGGUCAAGCAUAUUGGACUGCACAAGUAGAAAAUGGAAUCCUUACGAAAACGCUCUCCAACUACUACCAGGAGUUGCUGGGACAUAUGGACGAUUUACGUGAAUUAGUGCGAGGUCCACAAACUGAAAUUCAGAGACUAACGUUGGAGGCAGUAAUUACUAUCGAGGUGCACGCGCGCGACGUGCUGUACAAAUUGUUGCAAGAAAAAGUAUCGAACGUAAACGAUUUUAACUGGAUCUCACAGCUACGGUAUUACUGGGUGAAUGACGACUUGAAAGUGCGUGCUGUGAAUGCAGAAUUUCCAUAUGGAUACGAAUAUUUGGGAAAUACUGGAAGACUCGUCAUAACUCCAUUGACUGAUCGAUGCUAUUUGACAUUAACUGGAGCUUUACAUUUGAAAUUCGGUGGUGCACCGGCUGGCCCCGCAGGCACUGGUAAAACGGAAACCACAAAGGACCUCGCGAAAGCAUUCGCCAUACAAUGUGUCGUAUUUAAUUGUUCCGAUCAGUUGGAUUUUAUGUCGAUGGGAAAGUUCUUCAAAGGUCUUGCUAGUGCAGGUGCAUGGGCGUGUUUUGAUGAAUUCAACAGAAUAGAUAUCGAGGUAUUGUCUGUAAUAGCCCAGCAAAUCAUGACGAUCCAGCAAGCACAGCAAAUGAGGGUGGAUAAAUUCAUCUUCGAAGGAGAUGAAAUUGUGUUGAAGCCAUCCUGCGCAGUAUUCAUCACUAUGAAUCCCGGUUACGCAGGUCGAACUGAAUUACCAGACAACUUGAAAGCUUUGUUCCGUCCUGUAGCUAUGAUGGUACCAGAUUACGCACUAAUCGCUGAAAUUUCAUUAUUUUCAUACGGUUUUUCCGAGGCGAAAAGCUUAGCUGGAAAAAUAACGACAACCUUUAAAUUAAGCUCGGAACAAUUAAGCACGCAGGAUCAUUAUGACUUUGGAAUGCGAGCGGUGAAAACGGUGAUUGCUGUGGCAGGAAAUUUGAAACGGGAACAAAAGGAUUUAACUGAACAACAGAUUUGUUUACUUGCUUUGAGAGACGUAAACGUUCCAAAGUUUUUAAAAGAUGACCUGACAUUGUUUAAUGGUAUUGUAUCUGAUUUAUUUCCACGUUUGAAAGAGAUAUAUGUAGACCACGGCAUUUUGGAAACAGAGAUUCGUGCGGCCAUUGUGAAAAACAACCUAGAAGAAGUUGAUGAGUUCGUGAAAAAAGUUAUCCAAUUAUACGAAACGAUUGUGGUUCGUCACGGAUUAAUGCUUGUUGGUCCAACUGGAUCGGGAAAAACAAGGUGUUAUCAGGUUCUAAAGGAAGCAUGCACGAAACUAAAGGGACAGUUACAGCCAAGCGGUAAACCGUUCGCGCCAGUGUUCACCUAUGUGCUCAAUCCAAAAUCAAUCACCCUGGGCCAGCUGUAUGGUGAAUAUGACUUGAACACACGCGAAUGGACCGAUGGAAUUUUCUCGACGUUGCUCAGAGCUGGAAUAGCCGCGGCCGAUUUGAACAAACGUUGGUACAUUUUCGAUGGACCUGUUGAUGCGGUAUGGAUCGAGAACAUGAAUACAGUAUUGGACGACAAUAAGAAACUUUGUCUAACGUCUGGUGAAAUAAUGAAGAUCCUGCCUACGAUGACAAUGAUGUUCGAAGUUGAUAACCUGAGGGUGGCCUCGCCAGCCACAGUUUCGAGGUGCGGUAUGGUGUAUUUAGAACCUGAAGAUUUAGGCCUCGAUUCCCUCGUUAAUUGUUGGUUGAGACAAUUGCCCAAAAAUAUGGCUGAACACAUCGAGGGAAUUACUGAAUUAACGAGGCAGUUCUUAUUUCCGGGGUUGAAGAUUCUACGUAGCCAUUUGCGAGAAAUCGUAAACACCGUCGAUUCCGGGAUGAUACAGUCUUAUAUAAACUUGAUGGACUUUCGAAUUGGUCCCAUGGCUGGUCGAGAUGGAAAACCUCCUCCGAGUGCUACUUUCCAGCAGUUGAUCCCCAGUUUGCUUUCACCUUGGGCAGCUUUCGCGACGGUUUGGAGUUUGGGAGCAACCAGUGAUUAUAACAGUCGUCUGAUAUUCAACGAAUGGGUGAGAGAAGUGCAAAGAAAGUACCAUCAUUCUUUACCAUUUCCAGAAGAUGGUUUGGUAUUUGAUUACCGAUUGCACGACGGUGGAUUCACCGAUCUGAUCGACAGCCAAGACCCAAUUCCACCAAAGUGGUACAAGUGGUUGGACGACGUUGCUCCAAUCAACAUUACGCCAGAAAUGAAAUUUGCAGACAUAGAAGUACCAACAAUGGACAGUGUGAGGAGUGAAACUCUGAUUGGCUAUUUAUUAAUCAACAACUCCGAUAUCCUUUGUGUCGGGCCGACUGGAAGUGGGAAAACUUUGACCAUAAGUACGAAACUUUCGAGAAACAUGCCCAAGAAGUUUAUUUGCGACUUCAUCACUUUCUCUGCCAGAACUACAGCAAAUCAGACUCAGGAUUUGAUCGACGAAAAGUUGGUGAAAAGGCGCAAAGACGUGUACGGGCCUCCACUACUUCGCAAGCAGAUUAUUUUCAUCGACGAUUUAAAUAUGCCAGCCCUGGAUACGUACGGCGCUCAACCUCCUAUCGAGCUGGUACGACAAUUUAUGGACUUCCAAGGAUGGUACGACCGGAAGGAGAUCGGUUCGUUCAGGCGGAUAGUGGAUGUAAAUUUCGUCGGUGCGAUGGGACCGCCUGGUGGUGGUAGAAAUCCAAUAACUGCCAGACUGUUGCGACAUUUCCAUUUCAUUGCAUUCCCGGAAAUGGAGGACGACGCUAAGAGACACAUCUUUGGGACGAUUCUAAACGCCUGGCUGUCCGCGACGCCUCACUUCGGACACAUGUUGGAUACUUUUCUCAAUACGACGUUGAAUCUCUACACCAUCAUAUGCCAAGAAUUGUUACCGACACCUCACAAGUCUCAUUAUACUUUCAACCUUCGCGAUCUCAGUAAAGUGUUUCAAGGAAUGCUCAUGAUGGAUCCAACAAAAAUAGAGCAUCAAAAGAAAUUGCUGCUACUCUGGUAUCACGAGAACGUACGAGUAUUCAGAGAUCGUUUGGUGAAUGAUGAAGACCGAAAGUGGUUCGACAAUCUCCUACGGGAUAUGAUGAGCAAAGAAUUCGAGUGCGAUGCCAACGAAAUUGUGGGUGAUACGAUGUUAUUUUUUGGUGAUUUUAUUGGAAUCAGCAAGGAGUACGAACAAAUAAUCAAUGAGAAGAAAAUGGAAUACGUACUGGAGGAAUUCUUGGAAGAUUAUAAUGCUUCGACAACGACCCCUAUGAAGUUGGUACUUUUUCAGGACGCUAUAGAUCAUAUUUGUAGGAUAAAUCGAAUCCUACGACAACCGCGAGGAAAUGCUUUUCUCUUGGGAAUGGGAGGAUCAGGACGACAGAGUUUAACGAGACUGGCCUCGCACAUACAGGAUUACACUUGCUUUCAAAUAGAACUGAGCAGCGCUUACACGAUCAACGAUUGGCGCGACGAUAUUAAACAUUCGAUGAUGAAGGCCGGAGUGCAGAAUCAACUCAUGGUGUUUUUAUUUUCUGACACACAGAUAAAGGACGAUUCGAUGCUAGAGGAUCUAAACAGCAUUCUAAAUAAUGGUGACGUGCCAAACAUUUACAAGGGGGAUGAAAUGGAAACAAUUUUUCAUUCGAUGCGAGGUCACGUGCAAGAAGCUGGUCUACAGAUUAAUAGGAGCAAUCUUUUUUCCGCCUACGUGAAGACAGUGCGUAACAACCUACACGUCGUUAUUACUAUGAGCCCGAUCGGUGAAACGUUUCGCGCACGUAUCAGACAAUUUCCAGCGUUGGUAAACUGCUGUACAAUUGAUUGGUUUUGUCCGUGGCCAGAAGCUGCGCUUCAGAGUGUCGCUAUGAGAUUCCUCGCCGACAUACAAGACGAAUCUAUUACCAAAGACAUAUUGAAAUCCAUCGUGAGAAUGUGCCAAUAUAUGCAUUCGAGUGUGAUUGAUGCAAGCGAUCUCUUUCUUAAGGAACUGAGUCGUCAUAAUUACGUUACGCCAACGUCGUAUCUAGAACUGUUAUCUGGUUACGGCAAUCUCCUCGAAAAGAAGAAAACAGAGAUACAAAUGGCAGCAUAUCGUCUUUCUACUGGUCUGGAUAAGCUCGCGAGCGCGGAAGUGGAGGUGAAAAAUAUGCAGCUAUUACUCGCAGAGAUGAAACCGAAGUUGGAGCAAGCGGCAAGAGCCACAGCUAGAAUGAUUGAAAAGAUUACGCUUGAUACCAUAGAAGCAGAGAAAACAAGAGCAGAGGCGAAAGAGCAAGAAGCAAUAGCAGCGAGACUGAAGAUAGAAAAUCAAAUGAUCAGGGACGAAGCGGAAGAGGAUUUGAGUAAAGCUCGUCCGAUGUUAAUCGCCGCUGAAAAGAGCUUGAAAGCUUUAAACAGGAACGACAUCACUGAGGUGAAAGCGAUGAAGAGACCUCCAGUUGGCGUGCUUUUAGUCAUCGAAACCAUCUGUAUUAUAAAUAAUGUGAAGCCAAUUAAGAUAGUGAAGAAUGCUGGAAGAUUAGACGCAGAAGUGAAGCUGGAUUACUGGACACCCGGUGUCCAGUUGCUCGCGGACCCAGGCCAUUUUCUUUACACUAUGGAGAACUACGACAAAGAGAGUAUCACCGAAGAGAUGAUAAAUAAACUGAAACCUUACAUCGAAAACCCCGACUUUCAACCGUCAAAGAUCGAGUACGUAUCAAAGGCGUGUCACUCACUGUGUCUGUGGGUUCACGCAAUGUACAACUACUAUUUCGUGAAUCUAAAGGUGAAACCGAAGAUGGAAGCACUGGCGAAAGCCGAAGAAGCACUAGUGGAAACGGAGAAAGCUCUAAAUGCUGCGAUACAAAGACUGAAGGAGGUGGAGGAAGGUAUAGAACAGCUACAGAAACUGUUACAGGAAGAAGAGGAUAGAAAAGCGGAACUCGAGAGGCAAAAGCAGCUUUGCGAGGAUAGAAUGGGAAGAGCCGUCAGGUUGAUCGACGGUCUCGCUGGGGAACAGAUACGUUGGACUUCCACCGUGGCUGAACUAAAGAAGUCCUUGAAAAACGCUGUCGGCGAUAUCCUUUUAGCUUCCGGUGCAAUAGCCUAUUUGACGCCAUUUACGGACACAUAUCGAGAAACGCUUUUAUCAUCCUGGAAAAAAGUUCUUGGCGAGGGUGUACCACACACGCCGGGCAGCGAUCCCGUAUCAACUCUUGGUGAUCAAGUGGAGAUAAGAAAGUGGCAAAUCGAGGGUUUACCCAGAGAUAUGUUGUCUGUCGAAAAUGCUGUUCUCGCAAUGCACUCGAAACGCUGGCCGCUUUUUAUCGAUCCACAAGCACAAGCAAAUAAAUGGAUACGCUCUUUGUACAAAGACAACGGCAUAUCAGUGGCAAAAAUGACAGACAGAGAGCUCCUCCGCGUCCUCGAGUCGUGCGUCCGAUUCGGAAGGGCUUGUCUUAUCGAGAACAUCGGACUCGAGUUGGAAGCUGGUCUGGAUCCGAUUCUCAUGAGAUCGUUAUUUGAGCAUGGUGGCCAAUGGUGCGUUAAGAUUGGGGAGAACUUCGUUCCCUACAACUCAGAUUUUCGACUCUUCCUCACCACAAGACUUUCGAAUCCUCACUACACGCCGGAAAUAUGCGUGAAAAUACUGCUGGUCAAUUUCGCGCUCACCGCCACAGGUUUCGAGGACCAGAUGCUGUCGUUGGUUGCCAUUCAAGAACGACCCGACCUUGAACAAGCGCGAAACGCUUUAAUCAUAUCGAACGCCGAAAUGAGAAGAGAACUGAAGGAAAUAGAAGAUAGAAUUCUAUAUCGAUUGUCAGUGUCUGAAGGUUCUGCCGUUGACGACAUGGAUCUUAUCCUCACUUUGGAGGCGUCCAAGCUUAAAAGCGAGGAGAUCAAGGUGAAAAUGAAAGAGGCUGAAAUUACUCAAGCGGACAUCGACAUAACUAGGUCGCUAUACAUACCGGUCGCGAUUCGUGCUCGUAUCCUGUUCUUUUGUCUCUCCGACCUGCAAUUUAUCGACACGAUGUAUCAGUACUCGCUCGAGUGGUUCGUCGAGAUAUUCAACAACAGCAUACUCGCGACAGAAAAAAGCGGCGAAAUUCAGACACGAGUGGAGAAUAUCAAUCGCAAGUUCAUGUUCUCGCUGUUCUCGAACGUGUGCCGUAGUCUAUUUGAAAAACACAAGCUUCAUUUCGCGUUCCUCGUGUGCGUCAGAAUUCGUAUGAAUGACAAUUUAAUCGACGCGAUCGAAUGGAGGCACCUUUUGUCAGGACCUGAGCCAUUGAAAGAAGUUCCAAAUCCGGAACCGAAAUGGAUUACCCCACGUUGCUGGAAGGAGAUUCAGGCGCUUGAAAAUCUCCCCAACUUUCACGGGUUUAUCGACUCGUUCAAGGGAUCAUCGACCGAAUUUAGAAGCGUGUUCGACGCUCAGGAGGCACAUUUAACUGCGUAUCCGGAACCGUGGCACUCGAAAUUAGACGACUUUCAAAAGAUGCUGUUACUGAAGUGCCUGCGACCCGACAAAGUGACCAACGCGAUGCAGCUGUACCUGGCCAAGUAUUUAGGUCAAGAAUUCAUCGAACCGCAAACUGCCGAACUGUCGGCAAUUUACAACGAAUCUUCGCCAACUACACCCAUUGUGUUCAUCCUGUCCGCCGGUACAGAUCCUGCAGCGGAGCUCUACAAAUUUGCGGACAAGUUGAAGAUGACUGCGAAGUUGCGCGCUAUCUCGCUCGGACAGGGACAAGGGCCGAAAGCGGAAGCGAUGUUGAAGCUGUCGGCAGAACAUGGUUACUGGUGCUUCUUUCAAAAUUGUCAUUUAGCUCCGAGUUGGAUGCCAGAACUGGAUUCGCUGGUCGAGCGUUUAUCACGGGCGAGAAACCAUCGUGAUUUUCGUUUAUGGCUUACCUCCGCACCUUCACCAGACUUUCCCGUCAGCAUUCUUCAGAACAGCAGCAAAAUGACGGUCGAACCACCACGGGGAAUAAAAGCAAAUAUGUUCAGAUCCUACCUAACUCAAGUAACAGAAAUGCAGAGCUUUAUAAACUCUGAUCACCCGAAAGUUCAACAUUUUAAAUGGAUGGUAUUUUCUUUGUGCCUGUUUCACUCGGUGUUAUUGGAACGUCGGAAGUUCGGUUCGUUGGGAUUCAACAUAGCGUACGAAUUCACCGACGGCGAUUUAAGGAUAUGCAUAUCGCAGCUACACAUGUUUCUGUUGGAAUACGACACUGUCCCGUUUAAGGUACUAGUAUACACAGCUGGUCAUAUUAAUUAUGGAGGCCGAAUAACAGACGACUGGGAUCGUCGAUGCGUGCUGACCAUUUUGCAAGAUUUUUAUAAACCAGAAAUUUUGUCGACGUCGCAUAAAUUUGACGAAGAAGGAUAUUACGCUCAGCUGUCGGACACGGCGAGGUUCGAGGACUACAUCGAAUACAUAAAAACUUUCCCACUCAACGACGAUCCGUCGAUGUUCGGAAUGCAUCCAAACGCGGACAUCAGUUUCGCACAAGCAGAAACGUACGCGUGUCUGAACACGUUGCUCGCACUUCAGCCACGACAAGUCGGAGUCGAGGCCGCGAGCGUCGAGGAAGUCACCGCUCAUUUAGCUGAAGAUAUGCUGUCGACGAUACCACGAACCUUCAACUUGGCGAUUAUACAGCAAAAGUACCCAGUUUUAUACGAAGAAUCCUUUAACACGGUACUACUUCAAGAGGCCAUACGAUAUAAUAAUUUACUGGAUGUAGUUAAAAUGACACUGGUGGAUCUCCUGAAAGCCCUGAAAGGCUUAGUUGUCAUGUCCGAACAGUUGGAAACUGUGUUGAACAGCCUCUACACCAACAGAAUUCCACAACUUUGGCAAGAUAAGGGCUAUCCUUCUUUAAAACCUCUUGGUGCUUGGUUUCUGGACUUGAGAGAGCGAAUCCAAUUUUUAAAAUCUUGGAAAGAUAAGGGGAUACCUGCAGCCUUUUGGAUUUCCGGUUUCUACUUUCCACAAGCAUUUUUAACAGGCACUUUGCAGAAUUUCGCGCGUAAAUACGUCGUUUCCAUCGACACAAUAGAUUUUAGUUUCCAGGUAUUAAAAUCAAUACCGGAUCACAGACUGCCAGAUGGUUGUGUUAUUUAUGGUCUAUUUCUUGAAGGAUGUCGAUGGGAUGGAAAUUAUUUAAACGAAUCUUUGCCUAAGGAACUAUAUACUAACAUGCCUCCAAUUUUACUUUUGCCGGAGGUACAUCAUAAACAGCCUGAUGGAAUCUACAUUUGCCCCGUGUACAAAACAAUCGAUCGAGCAGGAACGUUGAGUACGACCGGUCACUCAACAAAUUUUGUAUUACCGAUGGAAAUACCUAGUCAACAACCACAAGCUCAUUGGAUCAAAAGAGGUGUAGCUUUGAUUUGUGCAUUGGAUUACUAAUAUUUUUACGAUGUCUUAUUAUGUUUAGUUUGAAUUUGUUUAAUUUGAAUGAAAUAUAUUAUUGGAUGAUUA